AUGGCUUUCCUGAAGGAGUUGCAGCAGAAGAAGGUUAUUGUGCCGUGUGUGACCCUAAUCCUCGGACUUGGACUCGGUCUUGGACUGGACUUGCAGAGAUGUCGAAACAAAGUCGUCCCCCACACGUCCUGCAGGGGCCGAUGCUACGAGCCCUACGACGGAGACGUCCCCGGCUGCAGGUGCGACAAGAACUGCAAUGUCAGUGGCAGCUGUUGCCACGACUACCACGACAUCUGCAGCGCCCCCGCUGAGCAGUGGGAGUGCACCAGGCUGCGCUGUGGGGAGCGGAGGAUGACGCAGAGCCGGUGCCAUUGCUCCGAGGACUGCCUCUCCGCCGGUGACUGCUGCACCAACUACAAGCAGGUCUGCCGAGGAGAGAGAGCGUGGGUGGAGGACGAGUGCGACGACCUGUUGACCCCCACAUGUCCAUCAGGCUUCAAGCAGCAGCCGCUGCUGCUGGUCUCUCUGGAUGGACUGAGGGCCGAGUACCUGCAGAAGUGGAGCCCUCUCGUCCCCGUCCUGGACAAGCUCAAGAAGUGUGGCACGUCGGCGCCGUACAUGCAGGCGGUGUUCCCCACCAAGACAUUCCCCAACCACUACACCAUCGUCACGGGUCUCUACCCUGAGUCCAACGGUCUGAUUGAUAACACCAUGUUCGACCCGGUGUUCAACGCCUCCUACAGCCUGUCCAGUCCGGAGAAGGACAACCCUGCCUGGUACCUGGGACAGCCUAUCUGGCACACGGCGAAGUUCCAGGGGCUGAAGGCCGGCACUUUCUUCUGGCCGGGGUCGGACGUCAAAAUCAACGGAAGCUUCCCCGACAUCUACAGGCUUUACAACGGCAAAGUGCCAUUUGAAGAGCGGGUGCUGACUGUGCUGAAGUGGCUCCAGCUGCCGGAUGAUAAAAGACCAGAUUUCUACACGUUGUACCUCGAGGAACCGGAUAAAUCUGGACACAGCUACGGUCCUGUGAGCGGGGGGGUGAUCGAGGCCCUCCAGGGGGUGGACAGAGUCAUCGGUCAGCUCAUGAACGGCCUCAAGCAGAUCGGCCUCCACCGCUGCCUGAACAUCGUCAUCGUGGCAGAUCACGGCAUGGAGGAAACAAGCUGCGACAGGAAGGAGGUUCUUCAGGAGCUGGUCGGCGACAUCAAGAACUACUGGGUCACCGAGGGGGCGCUAGGACGCAUCAGGACCAGAGACAACGGCCCGUUGGACUCCGCCCAACUGGUGGCCAACAUGACUUGUAAGCGGCCCGACCAAAAGGUGAAGCCGUACCUGAAGGCCGAUCUACCCAAGCGCCUCCACUUUGCCAACAGCCGUCGCAUUGAAGACGUUAACGUCCUGGUGGAGCCAAAGUGGCUGUUUGAGAGGUAUCCAGGGUCGCUCACCUUCUGCUCGGGGGGAACUCACGGCUACGACAAUGAUGUGGAGACCAUGCAUGCCAUGUUUGUCAGUUAUGGACCAAAGUUCCAGUAUAAAACCGAGAUCGAACCCUUUUCAAACAUCGAGUUGUACAAUCUCAUGUGUGACGUGAUGCAGAUCUCCCCCGGUGAGAACAACGGGACCCACGGCAGCAUGAACCACGUCCUGAGGCAGCCCUUCUAUGCUCCGGCGCCCCCCCCCGAGCAAAGCGGACCGCUCCGGUGUCCGCUGACCGGCCUCGACCCCAUGGACCCGCUGGGGUGCUCCUGUCCGGCCCUGGUGGGUUUUCCUAUGCUUACGGGUGGAAACGACAUCAACAGCCGCCUCAAUCUGACAGCAGAGGAAGAGGCCGCUGCGGAGAAGAAGCACGUGAUGUUCGGCCGCCCCCGGAUGCUGCAGCCUGACCACAGUUACUGCGUCCUCCACCAGGACGGGUUCAUCAUGGCCUUCAGCCACGACGCUCUGAUGCCUGUGUGGAGCUCCUUCACCAUCGACAGGCCGAUGAACUUGGACCCGUUGCCCCCGGCGAUGUCGGACUGUUUGAGGGCCGAUGUCAGACUCCGACCGUCCCAGAGUCCCCGUUGUGACCAGUACGCCGCUGCUGGGAACCUGACGUACGCCUUCCUGUACCCACCGAGUCUGAAUGCGACAGCGGAUCAGGAAUACGAUGCUCUACUAACGAGCAACGUGGUGCCGAUGUACCCCGAGUUUAAGAGGAUCUGGGACUACUUCCACAGCGUCCUGCUGAAGAAAUACGCCUCCGUGUACAACGGGGUGAACGUGGUGACGGGGCCGGCCUUCGAUUACAACUACGACGGCCAGUACGACACUCCGGGGCAGAUCCAGCAGUUCGUGUCCGGCACUAACAUCCCCGUUCCCACCCACUUCUUUGCGGUGCUGACGGGCUGCAGGGACUCGGCCCUGCCGGUCUCGGAAUGCACCGGGGAGCUACAGACCGUGUCCUUCCUGUGGCCUCACAGACCCGACAACUCGGAGAGCUGCAAAAGUGCACAAGCCGAGUCGGAUUGGGUAGAAGACCUCACGUGGUUCCACCGCUCACGAGUCAGAGAUGUCGAGUGGAUCACAGGACUGGACUUUUACCAGGGCAGCAAUCGACCAAUCCCAGAGCUGCUGAGAAUGAAGACCCGCCCCACAGCUGCCAUUCACAGACAACAUUUCAGAGAGUUGAGCUGCAGAUCCCUGAAGCCUGUGUGACCGUGUAGUGGUGAGGACAGUCCUGUGACAGGGCGGAACGGGUUCUUUUUCCUUUUCCUCUCCCUCUUCUACCAACUUUUCGCACGGCGGACCCCCACAACCCAACCCGAGCGGCCAGACGAAAUCAAUCAAAGCGUUCAGUCAUGACACACGACGCAGGGGAUGACGUGGUCCUUGCUAGUAAUGGAAGAUGAACCUCUCCUGCCUGGAUCAAAGAGCCGCUUCUUUUAUCCCUCACAAACCUCUAUGUCUCAUAGUGAAACUCACCUCCCCCACACCCGGAAUACUAGUUGACGUAUUCAUGUUGUCCAGAGGAUGAACCUUAACUAAUCCCACAAACAAAGAGCUUUGCUUCGGGGUAAUAUGAAACAAUAUUUCCCUUUUUCUAGUCAGUUUCCUGCGUAUUAUUAGUGUUGUUGGAGCAAUAUUGAUCCAUUGUUGAUAUUUGGUGGGGAAAAAAUGGAAAGGAUUAUCUGCCAUGAGAUCCAAUAGUUUUUCCUGUUCAUGUUUGCCUUUAAAAUGACUUUUCUGUUGUAGAAUAAAAAGGUAUGAACGUUU